AUGAGAGAUAAUACAUUGGGACAAGUUCCACAAAAAAAAGAAAAGGUAUUCGAAUCUGGUGGAUCUUCUAAUGAUAAUAAUAAUAAUAUUGAUUCUGAUAGUAUGAUCUAUAAGAAUGACGGUAGUAGGCAGAUACAUGGUUCAGCAAUAGAAAAGACGUUAGAUAACUUAUUGAAUGAGGCUAAUGAUCAUUUUCCAAAAGCCGAAUCCUUGAUUCAUAAUACUCAUCAACAGGUUGAAUAUCAUAAUAAUAAUGUAAGUGAUACUGGCAUCAAUAAUAUAAAACAACCAGUUGAUGCAGUAUCAGAUAACAAAAAUAUUCCAACAGAUUUUGAAACUGUUAUUGAGAAUGCAAUCAUUUCAAUGGAUUCGAAUCAAACAUUAAUUAAUGAUAAGAAAAAGUUGCAUAAUGAUUUUACAAAAAAUAUUCAUAACAAUGAAGAAAAGCCAUUUAUUUUGGAAAGUAUGCUAAGUGAAGAUCAUAAUCCAACUAUUUCAUUUGAGUUAGAUGAUCUAGUUUUCCCAGAUACAAUUAACCAUGAUUUUUCGAACGAUAAUUGUAUCUCUAAUUCUAAUAUUACAACUACAGAAACUAUUACUACUACUAAAAAUAAUAAUAGUCAUAAUGGCAAUGAUCUCAAAAGGAAGAUAGGAGAUAUUGAUAUAGAUUUUAAAGAGUUCGAAAAACUUACUAAAUCAGCUAAGAUAAGCAUCAAUGAUUCACAUGAGCCACCGUUUUUAUCCCCUGCAUCUUUAUCGCCAAUGUCAUCUCUUUCCACGGAUAAUAAUGAAUCCAAAACUACAGAACAAGAUAAUAGUAGUAACAAGGAUAUUUUAAAUAAAACUAGUGAAGCUACUAUUCUGCAUAAGGUAAUUGAAAAUAAUAACAAUAGUAGCAUACACAAGAAAAAUGUGGAUAAUAAUUUAAUCAAUAAAACAUCAAAUGAUUUAUCAAAAACUAAUAGCAAAAUACAAAAUACUUCAAAAAGUUAUAGUUAUAGUAGCAACAGGAAUAUGUUGAUUUCAAGAACAAAUUCUACAUAUAAUUCACAAUCGUACAUACCUGAAAAAUUAACAAAAGAAUAUACAAUGCACCAAAUUUCAGAGAUGAAAAAAAGAAUAAUUAACACACAUAAAUUACUAUUAAAUUUCAAUUUCUUAAAGGAUAGUUAUGCAAAGACUUGUAUCGAAUUGAAGAAAUCAUUGAAUGCUUUGAGGGACAGUGAAAUACAUAGAGCACAUCUUUUAUUAGAAAAUGAGCAAUUGAAGACAAAAUUACAUAAGCUAGAAUCAUCUAAGAGUAAACAAUAA